AUGGCUGCGACCUACCAUAUCGACAACCCAAAUGUGGGAAACAAAGCUGAUACGGAAGAUUGGAGAAUUCGGGGAUAUAAUCCAUUAACUCCUCCUGAUCUCCUCCAACACGAAAUCCCCCAGACACCGAAAUCGAAAGAAACAGUACUAAGCGGUCGCAACGAAUCUGUCGCCGUAGUUAAUGGUACUGACUCCAAUCAAAGACUUCUUGUAGUCAUUGGCCCUUGCUCAAUUCAUGAUCCCCCAGCUGCCCUCGAAUACUGCGACAAUUUGGUAAAACUCAAAGAAAAAUACAAGGAUGACUUACUUAUUGUCAUGCGUUCCUACCUCGAGAAGCCACGGACCACAGUCGGAUGGAAAGGACUGAUUAACGAUCCGGAUAUCGACAAUAGUUUCAAGAUCAAUAAGGGAUUGAGGACAUCACGACAAUUGUUCGUGGAUUUGACGGAAAAAGGAAUGCCACUUGCGAGUGAGAUGUUAGAUACCAUCUCUCCUCAAUUUCUGGCAGAUCUUUUGAGUGUAGGAGCUGUCGGCGCGAGAACUACCGAAAGUCAAUUGCACCGAGAACUUGCCAGUGGGCUUAGUUUCCCUGUCGGAUUCAAGAAUGGCACAGAUGGGACACUUGGUGUUGCGAUUGAUGCGAUUGGGGCCGUAAAGCAUCCUCAUCACUUCUUGUCGGUUACGAAACCUGGUGUUGUGGCCAUUGUGGGCACAGUUGGGAAUGAGGAUUGCUUCGUUAUUCUCAGGGGUGGUACUAAAGGCACGAAUUAUGACGCGGACAGCAUCGCUGAGGCGAAGGCGGCGCUGGAUAAGGCGGGUGUCAAUCCUAGAUUGAUGGUUGAUUGCAGUCAUGGCAAUUCUCUGAAGAACCACAAGAACCAGCCAAAGGUUGCGAAGGUUUUGGCGGAACAGAUUGAGAAGGGAGAUAGUUCGAUCAUGGGUGUUAUGAUUGAGAGUAAUAUUAAUGAGGGCGCACAGAAAGUACCAAAAGAGGGCAAGGCUGGUCUGAAGUAUGGUGUCAGUAUCACAGAUGCUUGCAUUGGAUGGGAAGACACGGAAUCAGUACUAGAACUUCUAGCGAAAUCGGUUCAGACUCGUAGAGAAUUGUCUAAAGGCGCAAAUGGACACUCAUAA